GGGAGGCCGUGCCGGAAGAGGCCGCCCCGGGCCGGGCUGGGCUGGGCGGCGGCUCCGCGGUCUCCGCCGCGAUGCUGCCGCUGCUCCGCCGCGCUUGGGCGGCCGCUGUCGCCUCAUCCUCCUCCUCCUCCUCCUGCUCCUCACAGCGGGGCAGCCGCCGGUGCAGCCUCGGCGCCUGCUGCUCCUACCGCCUGCGAGACGCCCUGCACCCGCUGUGGCAGAGCCCGCUGACAAUCCCCGGGGGCACCCGCCAGUCUCCCAUCAACAUCCAGUGGAGGGACAGUGUCUAUGAUCCCUUCCUGAAGCCUCUGAGGAUCAGCUACGACCCCACCACCUGUCUGCACAUCUGGAACAAUGGCUACUCCUUCCUGGUGGAGUUCGAUGAUUCUACUGAUAGAUCAACCAUCGUUGGAGGCCCCUUGGAAAACCAGUACAGGCUAAAGCAGUUCCACUUCCACUGGGGAGCUAUCAAUGACUGGGGCUCAGAGCACACAGUUGACAGUAAAUUCUACCCAGCAGAGCUGCAUCUGGUGCACUGGAAUGCUGUGGAGUACCCCAGCUUUGAGGAAGCUGUGAUGGAAGGGAAUGGCCUGGCUGUCAUUGGAGUGUUCUUAAAGCUGGGAGCACGGCACGAAGGGCUGCAGACCCUGGUGGAUGCCCUGCCUGCAGUCAGACACAAGGACACUGUGAUUGAGUUUGAUGAGUUUGACCCCUCCUGCCUGAUCCCCUCCUGCCCUGAUUACUGGACCUACGCUGGCUCCUUGACCACUCCUCCCCUCACCGAAUCCGUCACGUGGAUCAUUAAGAAGAGGCCAAUCGAGGUGGAUGAGGAUCAGCUGGAGGCCUUUCGGACGCUGCUGUUCACGUCGGACGGGGAGGAGGAGAGGAGGAUGGUGGACAACUUCCGCCCGCUGCAGCCGCUGAUGAACCGCACGGUGCGCUCGUCCUUCCGGCCCCACGGCCACCAGCUCGGCCCCUAGGUGGGCCACCAGCUCGGCCCCUAGGUGGCCCAGCAGCUCAGCCCCUAGCUGGGCCAGCAGCUCAGCCCCACAGCUGGCCCAGCAUUUUUCAUGAUUUUUCCUUGUAUCCGUGACCUUUCCCUGCCAGCGCUCCUUGACCAUCACUAAAGGAGCUGGGGGGUUUUUAGUUCUUUUUUUUAAUAAGUUAAUAAUAUUAACCCUUAACAAAUUGACUUGUUCUGAGGCAGGGGUCAACAAGGAAUUAUUAAGAUAGUUGAAAAUAGGGAUGGGAGAGCUUGUCCUCUGCUCCUUCUCUGAAUUGUUCUGUGUUUCUUCAAGUGCUCUUUCAGUGCCUUGCAUGAAUUAAUAGACCUGGGUAAAAAUUAAGAAGGAGGAAGUGGGAAGAGAAGUAUCAGUACUGAUCAGGUCCUUUUGGGGAAUUGUUUGAUGUCUGGGAAGGGAGCUGGAAGGGAACUGGCUUGUCUCAGAGACAUUUUACCUUCUUCCUUUUUCCUUGGAUGAGGAGAAGGACAAAAGUGACUUCCAGGAUCUCUUUCCAUUCUGUUGGCUGCACAUUCCAUGUUUGAUGUGGGUGCCACAGAAUGCCCACUGUGACUACACCAGGAGCCUGAAGACUUUUUCUAAAACCUUUUAACAACUGUAGGACCUUUUGGCUAUGGCAGCUUUUGCUUUCCUGUGUUAUGGAACUCUGUAGCAGCCUCACACCCACUGAGUUCUCCAUGGUUUGCUCCACUCAAUCAGAUUUUCCUCCUGGAUGUGUAAAUCCCUUUUGAACCACCCUGCAUCUAUCAGAGGGAAUGUGGAAUAUUCCCUUCCCAGUGAUCCAGUUAAAGCUCUCAGAGAGAUUUAGUUAAAAUUCUCACAGAGCUUUACUUUGUUCAAGUAUUGCCAUGGAAGCUUUGUUAGAUAAUAGUGAAUUACCCAGUGAUAGAAUUAAGCUGUGUCCAUAUUUACAUCAAACCACACCUAUUUUUACUGACAUAAAAUGAAGACAUUCCAAUUUCAGCACUGAUCACUUCAAAUAUCUGGAAACAGGGUUAAUGUAGAUAAAAAUAUCUCUACUGUGCUACAAAAAGAAGUUUUACAGGGGUUUUACAUUUAUUUUGUUGUAUCUUGAGUCCUGCAUUUAUGUGUGGUGUUUUAGCAUCUCCUUAAGGCAGGCAGGAGCUCGUCUGCAGGGCAGAUUGUUGGAAUUAAUCUGAAAAUUAAUCUUGAGACACUGGGGUUUUUUGGGUUUGGGGUGGGGUUUUUUUCAGUUUAAACUUUUCUGUUACAAUGACUUUGUUGACCUUGUGAAUGUAAACUUCAGGAAAAGAAUUGUGUUUAGAAGUACAGAUGGGACAGAAUUCCUGUGCCUUUUUCUCUCAGUUCUGUGUGGAAAAAUGAUUUGUUUGUUGGGUUAGAGCUGAUUUUUGUGAUGCAUUUGCACAGUUAAGUUAAAAAAGGAAUCUUUGUGCUCUUUUGGGUGGCACAAUACGAAAGGGUCAAAGCACAUAUUUGUAUUUUCCUUGCAUAAGAGUCACUUUAUUAUUAAAUACUGCCCUGGGAGGCGUUCCUGGGGCAGCAAGUCCCGGGAAUUAAAGACUGUCACAGGAAUAAUUCUGGGACAACUCCCUGCAAAGGGAGGGAAGGUUUGGAGCAGAUCUGUGCCAUGGUGCUCUGAUUCCAGCUGCCUUACAGGAUUUCUCUGAAAUGCUGCUCUCACCUUGUCCUGGGUGACUUCACAGCAGGGACAACUUCCUCUGGUGUUGGAAUGUUUGAUCCCUGUUCCUGCAUUCCAGAACUUUCCCUCUGCAGGUGUUCCUGACCACGUUUGUGCUGCCUUUUCUGUCAGGAAUGGCAGCAGGGUCUCCCCUGGUUUUGGAAGCUCCAGAAUUGGAGUUUGCUUUGAUCUCCACAAGGUUUUAGAGGAUUGGAAUUCUGCUUUGGAUGAAGGGUCCCCUCAUGCCUUAAUUUGGGAUGUUUUAACUUGUAUUUUCUGGCACAUCUUGGCUUUUUUUUUUUUCCCUUUGUGCAUCUCAUUUUUGUGGCCUUUAUGACUUUGUGUAUUUAAUGGGUGUUACCUGCCUGAUCAUAACUGACUGAAAUCACUGUCUGCAGACAACACCUGCAACAGGGAAUGCUUUUUGUUUUCCUGGGAUACAGGCCCUUCCCCAAAAUUCUUCCCUGAUGUGUAGAACCCUUCAGCUGCUGCAUUUUACACUGUUACAUUAGUGUGCAACUACAAUAAAGGAAUAGAGAAAACCCA